GUCCGGGAUCCUGCUAGGGAACCAGUGUUGUCGCCCCGCCCCCUCGGGGCUUUUAGUCCCGUUAACCGUCGGCGGGGCUGGGUCCGCAGCGCAGGACGACAUGCCGGUGCGCUUCAAGGGGCUGACUGAAUACCAGAGGAACUUUCUGUGGAAAAAGUCUUAUUUGUCAGAGUCCUAUAAUCCCUCAGUGGCGCAAAAGUACUCAUGGGCAGGACUUAGGUCGGAUCAGUUAGGGAUCACGAAAGAACCAAGUUUUAUUUCAAAAAGAAGAGUUUACUACCAUGACCCUCAGAUUUCAAAAUCCCUGGCGUGGAAUGGAGCCAUCACAGAGAAUGGGAUGGUUGUCCCACCAGAACCCAAGACCCUCCAGACUCCAAAACCACAAGAGGCAGAGCAAAAAGAAGGUGCUAACCAAGGAGUUCUCUCAGUAGAGGCCUCCAGGGUUCCCAAGAGAACUCGAUCACAUUCUACGGACUCCAGAGCUGAAGGGGCUUCAGAUGGCAUGGAAAAGCACCAGGAUGUAACAGGAAACCACGCACUGGCUAAUGAAGCUGUGGAGCAGGCACCUUCUACCCAACCUCUUUCACAGAGUAUAGAUCCCAGGUUGGAUAGGCAUCUUCGCAAGAAGGCUGGAUUGACUGUGGAUCCCUCGCAUAAUGCCUUGAGAAAUUCUGAAUAUCAGAGGCAGUUUGUCUGGAAGACCUGUAGAGAAACUGCUCCAGUGUUUGCAGCCAAUCAGGCUUUCCGUAAUAAAAGCCAAGUUAUUCCACAAGUUAGGGGCAAUACUGUCAUCCCCGAAACUGAAUACAAGCGAAAUUUCAAGGGCUUAUCUCCCUCGAAGGAACUAAAGCUAAGAGAGCACAGCGGCCGUCUUGAGACGCCAGCUCCAGAGAAGAAGGCAGACGAGGCUUUAGAAUUAGAAGUAGAGAUGGCAUCGGAAGACUCAGACCAGCCUCAAAAGCCUGUUCCCUGGAGACACCAAAGGCUUGGAAAGGUGAAUUCUGAAUAUAGAGCAAAGUUUCUGAGCCCAGCCCAGUAUUACUAUAAAGCUGGAGCUUGGAUGCGUGUGAAAGAGAACAUGCCAAACCAGGAUUCUCUAAGUGCCAUGUGGUAUGCAGAGGUUAAGGAACUCCGAGAAAAGGCUGAGUCUUACAGGAAGCGAGUUCAGGGAACACAUUUUUCUCGGGACCAUCUGAACCAGAUUCUGUCCGAUAGCAACAGCUGUUGGGAUGCCUCCUCAACCACAAGCUCAGAAGGAACCAUUAGCGGCAACAUCCAAGCAUUAGAUCUUGCUGGAGAUCUUCCAAGCCACAAGACUCCCCAGAAACAUCCUCCUACCAAACGAGAAGAAAAGGAAGUUGCCUCAGGAGAUCACCUCCCAAAAAAUAGUACCAGGAAACUGGACCUGCCAGAGGCCGCCACCAUGCCGGUCAGGAGGAACCUGGCUUGGGGUGCUGACAGCACCAAGGAAGACACCCAGCAGCAGCCCAGAUGGGAGGAGGAUAGGGAGGAGAGAAGGGGAAAGGACAAGCAGACCUGUGUGCGAGAGCUAGAGACACUGGACACACAGGAGAGGUCUAAGGCAGACGGAAUGAAGGAAGGGUUGGAGUCAUUUUCUCUUUCCUCAGGGAAGGGAGGCAGGCUUCCUACUCCACAGCUGAGAGAACUCGGUAUCCAGCGGACUCACCAUGAUCUCACGACUCCAGCUGUUGGUGGGGCCGUCUUAGUGUCUCCGAGUAAAGCGAAGCUUUCAUCCCCCGAGCAGAGGAAGAGAGCGCCCUCUCCAGAUGGCUUAGAAACUCUAAAGAGAGGAAACCACUGUGCUGUAGGUCUCGUGACUUCUCCUGCUGCUGGCAUCAAAACAGUUGACCCCUUGCCUUUGCGUGAAGAUUGUGAAGCUGAUGGUCUCAGAUUUGCUGAGGCUACUCCUCCAGCUUUGAAAACUCCAGAUCAUCAGACAAACACCUCUGGACAGCCUGUUCAGUGUACCCUGCCUCACUGGUAUCCUUCUAGAAGGAUCCAGGGCUGCCUACGAGAUCCUGAAUUUCAGCAUAAUUUGAGAAAACCACGGAUGGGCAGUUGGCAGUUCCCUCAAUACGAAGUCGUUAACAAUAAAGAUGUAGACAGACUGUCUGAUAUCUCUACUCGCUCUGCUGCUUCCGGGCUCCGGGCAUUCCAGACUUUAGCACGUGCUCAGAAGAGGAAGGAGAAUUUCUGGGGCAAAACAUAAACCCGCUCUUCUUAUCUAGAGAAAGACUGGUAUCAUCAUUUCUUACUGCGUUAAGAUUUUCAGAGUGUUUGGGUUUCUUUCUGACACUUCCAACUUAAAUUAUUUGAUUUUUCAGUUGGCUCAUCUUACCCAGAAAAUUUUAACACAGCUGUAUCUAAAUUUAACUCUUUGGGAAUUCCUUUGCACUUGUCUGAACACAAACGUGUAGAUUAUGUAGUUUUUCACACAUUCCUUUUGUAUCAGGUGUUGGGGGUAGAAGUCUGAAUGUCAUCUGUCCAGAGAAUAAUCUAAAGGGAUAAAAUGAAGUUAAAAUUAAGAACUCCCAAAUUAUAUUCCCUCUCAGGUUGGUUCUAGGCAUUUUAACAGGCAUAGAUGUUAUGAAAGGAAUCUGUCGUCUGCGGCCAUACCACCCUGAACACGCCCUAUCUCAUCUGAUGAAUCUGUCAUUCUUUUGACUUUUACUUUAGUGUUUUUAUUAGCACCUUCUGUACACAGUUGCAGUGUUAAAAUAAUUGUACUUUGAAAAUCUGGCUGUAUAUAUUUUUCUUAUUUAUGUAACAGAAUUUGCUGAGAGAAUAUGUAUAUUUUUGAUCUUUUUAUGUAUUUGUAUAAUGACUGGUGUAUGUUUGAAUAAUGUCUAAUUUUGAGAAAUUAUUUGUGUAAUGGAGAAUUAGAAUUUUGUAGACAUUUAAAAAUGAAAAUUAAGUAUUCUUGGCUUCUCCAGAAAGUUAUCAUGUGGAAGAAAUACUUUCUAGAAGCCGUCGCCUAGAACUGGUAAUCAAGCAUACUACUUUUGUAGCUGGCAAAAGCAGUGAAACUGGGUCUACAGUAUUUUUUUCUGUACACAUAUAGGGUUUUAAAAGUAGAUUCAUUAAAAA